AUGAUUGUAAUGAUAUAAUUAAGGUGUUUGAAGUAGAUGAUUUUGAUUACAACGAAGCUCAAAGAGAAUUAGUCAAUGGUAUAGUUGAAGCAGAUGAUUUCGAUUGUAACGAAGUUCGAG